AUGGUCGUUUCUUCCACCAACGAUCAACCGAAGAAAGCAAUUGAUAGUGUUAAAGAUUCACUUGAGGCACUACAAAUAGGAAAUAGAAAAGGAGACUCGAUUGAAGAUGAAGGCGAGGAAAACGAUGAUGUAGCAAAUGAUUCAACUGACAAAAAGAAGAAAAAGAAGAAAAGUAAGAAGAAGAAGAAGAUAACUAGUAUUGAUAGUUCAUAUCCUGAUGGUGUUUUCCCAGAAGGUGAAUGGCAAGAAUAUCCCUUAGAAAUUAAUAGUUACCGCACUUCAUCGGAAGAACUUAGAUAUCUUGAUAGGCAAAAGAAUAAUCACUGGCAAGACUUUCGUAAGGGAGCCGAAAUACAUAGAAGAGUGCGCCACAAGGCUCGAUCCUCCAUAAAACCGGGAAUGAGUAUGACAGAAAUAGCUGAUAUUAUUGAAAAUUCAAUCAGGGGGUACGUAGCGACUGAUGAUACUUUGAAAGCGGGAAUUGGCUUUCCGACGGGACUUUCGUUGAAUCACGUAGCUGCUCACUACACACCCAAUGCUGGUGAUAAGACUGUUUUGAAUUAUGAAGAUGUUAUGAAAGUAGAUAUUGGCGUCCAUGUUAAUGGACACAUUGUUGAUUCUGCGUUUACGUUGACCUUCGAUGACAAGUACGAUAAUCUUCUUACAGCGGUAAGAGAAGCAACCAAUACUGGUGUCAAAGAAUCUGGAAUUGAUGUCAGAUUGAAUGACAUUGGAGCUGCUGUACAAGAGGUAAUGGAGUCGUAUGAAAUGGAGUUGAAUGGCAAAACUUAUCCGAUAAAAUGCAUAAGAAACUUGAAUGGCCAUAAUAUCGGUGAUUAUGUGAUCCAUUCUGGUAAAACUGUUCCAAUUGUACCAAAUGGGGAUAUGACAAAGAUGGAGGAGGGGGAGACUUUUGCCAUUGAAACCUUUGGAUCGACAGGAAAUGGCUAUGUUUUACCUCAAGGCGAAUGCUCACAUUAUGCAAAGAACAAAGAUGUCGAUGAUAUCAGAAUACCAACAGAAAGAGCAAGGACUCUUUUGAAUACUAUAAACAAGAAUUUCGGAACUCUUCCAUGGUGUCGCAGGUAUCUUGAUAGGACUGGAGAAGAUAAGUAUCUUUUGGCAUUAAACCAGUUGGUCCGUGCCGGAAUAGUUCAAGACUAUCCACCAAUUGUGGAUAUCAAAGGCAGUUAUACUGCUCAAUUUGAACACACAAUACUUUUGCACCCUCAUAAGAAAGAAGUUGUAUCUCGCGGAGAUGACUACUGA